UUUUUCAUCUAGAAUUUAAGGAAUGCUUUUCCUUGUAUGAUAAGAAGAGGAAAGGAAAGAUUGAAGCCAAGGACCUGAUCACCGUGAUGCGUUCUUUAGGCACCUGUCCCACCUUCAGCGAGGUGGACCGCCACUUGCAAGUCCAUAAGCUAGAUAAGACGGGUGAGUUGGACUUCUCCACCUUCCUGACCAUCAUGCACAGGCAGAUGCAGCAGGAGGACCCCAAGUCUGAGAUCCUAGAGGCCAUGCGCAUGACUGACAAGCAAAAGAAGGGUUACAUCCUGGCAUCGGAGCUACGUGCCAAACUCACAGGCCUGGGAGAGAAGCUGACCAAUAAAGAAGUGGACGAGCUGUUUAAGGAGGCUAACGUUGGUCCCGAUGGACUUAUUCAUUAUGAGGAGUUCACCAGAAUGGUCACCCUGCCUCCUGUGGACUAUUAAGGAACUUCGUCAGUGUCGCUCGGCUUGUUUUGUCAAGUCGGUCUUGUAGAGAAAUGAUAUGAAUUCAUAUUUGUUCAACUGUGUCCCAUAAGAUUCCAAAACAAAGCAGAAGACAAUUUUAUUAAGAUGUUUUAUUAACAAAGUACAUCCUCUAGCAAACUGUAUACGAUUGUAAAGAUACAUAUAUAUAUGAUUUUUCCACCGCUUUAUCCCGGUUAUGUUCGUGGAGGGUCCAGGUUUCCCAGGAAUCAUGGGGCGAAAUGCAAUAACGCCCAAAACAGCCACCCCAAACACUAAUCUAUCAUGGGGCCUCAGCCGUCCCCUCUCAGACAAAGCCAAUCAUGUCUGUAUGUAGACGCCCAACCGGCUGCUAGGGUUUUGAGCCCUGGAUACCAGUGGUAAUGGGCUAGCAUUAUAAACUGCUGGGUCACCCAAGCGCCCUAUUAUAUAAACAAGCAAUUGGAAACAGUCUGGGCAAAAAACUGAACAUAAUGGUCAGCUCACACCCAGGGUUUUGGUUUUGAGCCAAAAUUCAGUUCUAAAAUCUGUAUAAACAAGUCACACCAGCCAACAAAACACAUUCAGGACAGGCAUCCAAAGAAACAAUACAAUACAUGUACUGUACUAUGAUUUGCCCCAGUCCAGAGCUUUUAUAAACUCUUCUUCUGUAAAAGACAGCAUCCUUGCAGCUUCAAAGUGCAUCUGUAAAAAAACACACAAUAAAAACACACAUUUAAUGAAUAAAUUGUAAUUUAAUACUAA